UAACACCGAUCAGACAGUAACACACCACAUUUGUAAACGACGCAAGGUCGUCCUCUCCGGGCUGGAGGAUCGAUAUUUUGGACAGAAAUGAUGUCCGUAGCGGCUCGAACCGGGGCCCUGUCCCCGUACAGACAGGCGGUGAAAGUCCUGCUGGCUGCUGGAGCUCCUGCUGCUGCUCCUGGAGCAACCCGCCUCGCCCACACAGACAUCAAGAUCCCUGACUUCAGUGACUACCGCCGCCCUGAGGUCAUGGACCCCAACAAAUCAUCCCAGGACAGCAGUGAGUCCAGAAAAGCUUUCUCUUACCUCCUCACCGGAGCCACCACGGUGGUCGGCGUCUACGCAGCGAAGACGGUCGUCACCCAGUUUGUCUCCUCCAUGAGCGCCUCGGCCGACGUCCUGGCGUUGUCCAAGAUCGAGAUCAAGCUCUCAGACAUCCCUGAAGGCAAAAACAUGACCUUCAAGUGGAGAGGAAAGCCGCUUUUCGUCCGCCACCGCACAGAGAAGGAGAUCACCACAGAGGCGGCAGUGAACAUCGCAGAGCUGCGCGACCCUCAGCAUGACAAAGAUCGAGUGAUUAACCCCAGCUGGGUCAUCGUUCUGGGCGUGUGCACCCAUCUGGGCUGCGUCCCCAUCGCCAACGCCGGAGAGUUUGGCGGAUAUUACUGCCCCUGCCACGGCUCCCACUACGACGCUUCUGGAAGAAUAAGAAAGGGGCCGGCCCCGCUCAACCUGGAGGUUCCUUACUACGAGUUCCCCGACGACGAGACUGUCGUGGUGGGAUAAACUCUGGAGCGCCGCCUCUCUUUCUCUCUGUAUAAUGUAUUUUUAGACGGCUCUCUGUUGGAGUUUGGGAUGGUUAAAAAUGUGUAUUUACUAAUAAAGGUUUAUUUCCAACUCUA